AUGGGAAGCGAACCGUUUCAGAAAAAGAAUUUGGGUCUGCAAAUUAAUUCGCAAGAAAGUGGAACAACCCGCUCAACAUUUCAUUCGCUAGAAGAUCUAGGAGAUGAUGUAAUUAAUGAAAGCUGGGAUCAGGUGAACCAAAAGAGAGCCAAUAUAGAUCAUGAUGUCUUUCAUGAGCACCCUGACUCUUCCCCAUCAUUGUCAGCACAGAAAGCAAAAACAAAAGAAGAGGAAGUUGCUGUAAAGUCAUCGAACUCCCAGUCAAGAGACCCUUCUCCUGAUACUCAAGCACAUAUUCCAUAUACUUAUUUUUCCAAGGAUCAAAGACUAAUCAUUUUUGGAAUUAUCAUUUUUAUAGGAUUUUUGGGCCCAAUGUCUGGAAACAUAUAUAUACCGGCUUUACCAUUGCUGCAAAGGGAAUAUGAUGUAAGUGCAACAACAAUAAACGCUACAGUUUCUGUAUUUAUGGCUGUUUUUUCCGUUGGUCCAUUGUUUUGGGGCGCACUGGCGGAUUUUGGUGGAAGGAAAUUCUUAUAUAUGGUGUCGUUAUCACUAAUGUUAAUUGUUAAUAUACUUUUGGCCGCUGUACCAGUCAAUAUUGCUGCCCUUUUUGUUUUAAGAAUUUUCCAAGCUUUCGCUUCCAGCUCUGUGAUUUCUCUGGGAGCUGGCACUGUAACAGACGUUGUUCCUCCAAAACACAGGGGAAAGGCCAUAGCGUAUUUCAUGAUGGGUCCAAACAUGGGUCCUAUUAUAGCACCCAUUGUUGCUGGGCUUAUUUUAAUGAAAGGAAAUUACUGGAGAUGGCUUUUUGGUUUCACUUCUAUCAUGACAGGAAUAGCAUUGAUCUUGGUUACUGCUUUACUUCCAGAAACGCUACGUUGUAUAGUUGGUAAUGGAGACCCUAAAUGGGGUGACAAAAAAGAUGAACGUGAAAAUAACGAAUCUCCAUUCUUCGAAGGUAAUAAAAUAUCACAUCGGCGUCUGUUCCCAGACAUUGGUAUCCGUAAACCAGUCAAUAAUGAUGCUUUCUUCCAAGAAAAUUUUCCAAAGCCGCCUAAAGCAGGUUUGACACUAUAUUGGAAAAUGAUUAAAUGUCCUCCAAUAAUAAUCACGUCCGUCAGUACUGCACUCCUGUUCUCCAGUUACUAUGCGUUCAGCGUCACGUUUUCGUAUUACCUUGAACAUGACUACCGUUUUACUAUGUUAGAAAUUGGUGCUGCUUAUGUCUGCCCAGGUGUAGCUAUGUUACUAGGAUCUCAAUCUGGUGGGCACCUCUCAGAUUAUCUUCGUUCACGCUGGAUCAAAAGUCAUCCUAAAAAGAAAUUCCCGGCAGAGUUUCGUUUAUUACUGAACCUAAUUGGAAUUUUACUAACAAUAUGUGGCACAAUAGGAUACGGAUGGGCAAUCUUCUUUCAUUAUCAUUUUGUGGUUCUUUUAGUUUUUUCCGCUCUCACUGCCUUUGGUAUGACCUGGUGCAGCAACACAUCAAUGACAUAUUUAACUGAGUUAUUCCCCAAAAGAGCUGCUGGAACUGUUGCUGUUAGUAGUUUCUUUCGAAAUGUGGGCGCUGCCAUUAGUUCCGCUAUCAUUUUACAGCUCUGUAACGCAAUGGGAAUUGGAUGGUGUUUUACAGGGCUCGGUCUCUGCAGUUCAAUUUCAUUGAUUGGUAUAUUAUAUCUUCUCAUUUUUCAAAGAAAAUAUACUGCCAAAGAAUUUUAA